AUGAAACCUAGUAAAUCAUUAUUUAAUGAUUUAGAAUUGCCUUUAUGGGAACUUGAUGAAAACUUAAUAUUUAAAUAUAAAGUAUAAGCAUAAUCCUAAUCAUUAAAUUAAAUUUUAAAGAAUAUAUUCAAUAAAUAAUCUGAUGAUAGAACUUAUGAAGAAAUCAUUUUUAUCAAUGAAUAUUUAUUGGGAUUCACUUAUUUUAGAAAAAUAAAAAAUUUUCAUGGUUAAGAAUGCCUAUUCAGAUUGUCUUAAUUUGCAUAGUUGAUUAGUGUUCCUAAUGAAAUGAUUAUCGUUAAAAAAAGUAACUAAAGAAAAUAAAAUAGAUGAGGAACCUAAUGCUUUUUAUUUCAUUAUAGAAGGGUAAGUAAUGCAAAUUAAUGAAACUCAAUGUAAUGUUUCAAAUAUUGCUGAUGCUCUUUUUGAAGAAAAUCUAACAAAACUUACACCUAAUAAAUCAGAAUACAUUACUAAAAAGAAUUCAAUCUUCAUUAUUAUAAAUGCAUUUAUUUUUAGAGCAUCUCUUCAUAAAUACUAACAUUAAAUAAAUCUUAAGAAAAUGAUUUAAAUAAAUCAUCCUAUAUUGAAUGUAUUACAAUAAUACGAUAUUGAAGAAUUAUCUUCUGAGGCUAAAAUAGAUUAUUAUGAAUAAGGUCAAAAAAUAUAUAAAAUAAAUGAAUCACUUGAAUUUUUAUAUAUUAUACUUGAAGGAAAAUUAUUAAUAGGAAAAAAAGUUGGAUCUAUAUAAAGGAAACAUUUUCAAUAAAUUCCCUCUAUAUUUUUAGCAGAAUCAACAAAAGAAAAACCUUAAGUUAAACCUAUUGCAGAAAUAUCAGAAAAUGACAUUUUUGGAUUUGAAGAAUAUAUAUCUAGGCAAAUUAGUAGAGACUUUUAAGUUUAAUGUUUAACCAAAUAGUGUAAAGUUAUUAAAUUCCCACUCAAGAUCUUCUUUUCAAAAUUCAAUUAGGUUUUUAAUUUAAAGGAAUUUAAGUUGUUGUUAGAUAUUAUAUCAAAAAGAAAUCAUUAUAGAAAUAGAAUUCAUUCCAUCUAGGUAUAAUUAUAUGAAAAUCAAAGUUAAUCAACCUAAAGAUCAACUAAACCUAUGUACUAUGAAACUUUAGAACCAAUCCCAUAUGAUCAUUAAAUCAGAUCAAAACCUAGAUCAUUUUUAUUAGAAAAUAGCAUACUAUUGCCAGAUGAUUUAAUAUCUAAUUUACAAUUAUCAUACAAAUUAAGAACAAAUAUUAAAAAAAAUGAUUAAUCAAUAAAUUGCAGUUCAUUUACCUUAGAAAAUGUAACUGAAAAACAAAAAGAAAAGAAAAAAUUAUAGAUAAGAAUUAAUUAUUAAAUUGAAAGAGAAUUACAUAAUAAUAAAUCAUUUGAUAAAACUAAAUUAAUCAAGAAAUAAGAAAAAAUAUAAAAACAACCAAAUGAUUAAAGCCACAUUGAAAAAUUGUUAAAUUUUAAAUCUGAAUCAAAGUAUGGUAGUGUUAAAAUUAAAUAAGAAGUUAUUGAUUAAUCAUUUUAACUUAAAUAGGUUAGACUAUCAUAAAAUUCAAGAUAUUCUCCCUUACCUGAAAUACCAUCAUUUUAGCCCAAAUAAGGAAAAUUUUAAUAAAAAUUAAUCCUUAAAAACUUUAAAGAAAAACAAUAUUUAAUUAUUGAUAAAAUAUGA